AUGGAUUUGUGGUGGGAGAUGAAGGGCUUUUGUGAUGGUUGCAAUUCGUGGCUGGGAGUGACCGGCGGUGCAAGGCGAAUGGAUUUGGUGGUGGAGAGCAAUUCCGUUCCUUUGCUGUUGUUUCGACUGCAUUUUUUCUUCGUGUCUUUUACCAAGAUCAGUCGUAUAGCUUUCCAUGCAUUCCUCUGUAACGACAUCAACGGUUUUAAAGGAGCCUCCAAUCCCUUCACUGUAUGGCUAAUUUGCACUUGUUGUUGUCUUGGAAUGGCAAAGAUGAUGUUGUUGUUGUAUCGUGUUGUUGGUUGCUGCAUGGUCGCGUAUUGCUCAUGGAGGAAUGGUUGUUUUCGGCGUUGGGUCCGUGUCUUGCGGUGGCUCUUGGUGUCGAGGGUGUUUUUGGUGUGUGGCUCCGUCAUGGGCACCGAAGGAUGGUUGGCGGUGAGCGUGUCGGAUCCGUGGAAGUGUGGUGGCGGAUUUGAAGCGAGGUUAUUCGUGGGUGGCGCUGCUCAGAGAAAGGAAUUUAGUUCAGACCCGACCUCCACCGAAGGUUCCUGA